CUCUAAUGACAUUCCAAGACGGGUCCAACCUUUAGGCGCCGUCCGAGCAGGCGAGGCGUCGACGCAGGCAGAAGACGCCCAAGUUCGCAUCGCCAACCCGACAAUCGCCAUGAUAACCAGGUGACCAACACCCAACAUGUUCGCCAACGCCCUCAAAUCGCUUGCCUCGACCAACAUCUCGGCCAACUAUACCAUCUCCCCCAACCUCACGUCGAUCGCCGGCCCUUGGAAGAUUUACCCUGCCAAGAACAAGAAGACGGGCAAAGAGUUCUCCGUCUUCAUCUUCGACAAAAAGUCGAUCGAUGCCCACCGCGGUGGCAUGAGCCGCGCCGAGGCGGCAGACUUCAAGAGGGCCCUUGAUGAAGUCGUAGAGCGGCUGAAGAAGGAGGCCUCGGCCCUCGCCAGGCUGCGGCACCCCGGCAUUCUGGAAGUGGUGGAACCAGUUGAGGAGACCAGGGGCGGCGGUCUGCAGUUCGUUGCAGAAGCUGUGACGGCGUCUCUCUCGGGCCUGUUACAAGAAAAGGAUGAUCAAGAAAGAGGUGGCUCAGGUGGUCGAUCGAGUCGGUACGUGACCGAGGAUGCCGACGGAACCCGCAGGAGACGGGAGCUCGAGAUCGACGAACUCGAGAUACAGAAGGGCUUGCUGCAGGUCAGCAAGGCACUCGAGUUCCUGCACGAGAACGCCGGUCUUGUUCAUGGCAACCUAACGCCAGACUCCAUUCUCAUCAACGCCAAGUCGGAUUGGAAACUCAGCGGUUUAUCCUUUUGCGGCCUGAUGGAAAACUCGACCGCUCAGGGCUCCAUCCAGCCCAUCAACCUGCGGGAGGUGCUACGACACACCCCUAGCUUGCCCCGGACCGUCCAGUUGAACAUCGACUUUACUUCUCCAGACUUCGCCAUCGACAAUAACCUCACACCAUCGGCUGACAUGUUCAGCUUGGGGCUGUUGAUUAUCUCGCUAUACAAUUCUCCUCACAAGUCUCCCUUGUCAACCAAUGGCAGCCUAUCAGCGUAUCAGCGCCUCUUCCAGUCCUCGCAGAGCAUCCCAAACUCGACCAACAACUUUCUUUCCUCCAGGCCGUUGCCAAAGGAGCUCACGAACCAUGUGCUUCCCAGGCUCAUUACUCGCAGACCCGCUCAGCGGAUGACGGCCACCGAGUUUCAACAGAGCGAGUUCUUCAACAACAUCCUCGUAUCCACCAUCCGCUUCCUCGACGCUUUCCCUGCCAAGACCCCGAACGAGAAGUCACAGUUCCUCAGGGGCCUGAUCAAAGUGCUGCCGUCGUUCCCCAAGUCUGUUUUGGAGAGGAAGCUGCUGCCCGCCCUGCUCGAUGAGCUGAAGGAUAAAGAGCUCCUCUCCCUGGUCCUGCAUAACGUAUUCAAAAUCAUCGAACUGCUACCGUCCGGAAAGAGGGCGUUCAGCGACAAAGUGCGACCCAGCCUCAAGGAAAUAUUCGUCACCAACGUCAAGCAGGCUCAAGAGAAAGACGCCGCUCGUGACGCAGGCCUCAUGGUUGUCAUCGAGCAGCUUCCUGUCAUUGGGGAGAAUUGCGCUGGCAAGGAGUUCAAAGAUGAUAUUCUGCCCGUCAUCUUCAACGCCUUGGAGUCCCCGACGCCCUCGCUCGUGGACGCAGCCUUGAGGAGUCUCCCGUCGGUACUACCCCAGUUGGACUUUAGCACCAUUAAGAACGAACUGUUUCCAGUCAUCGCGACAAUAUUCAGCAGGACGAACAGCCUUGCCAUCAAGAUCAGAGGUCUGCAGGCCUUCGUCACGCUUUGCGGAGGCUCAAUUGAUCCCAGCGGUGACGAUGGGCUCGACGGCCUUGCGCCCCAAAUGAAGAAGGCCACCUCGCCCACCGCCUUGGAUAAGUUCACCAUGCAAGAGAAGAUCGUUCCUCUGAUCAAGGGCAUCAAGACCAAAGAGCCAGCCGUCAUGAUGGCCGCGCUCAACGUUCUCCAAGUCGUAGGCAAGGUGGGUGAUGCCGACUUUGUCGCCUUGGAGAUUCUCCCCACCUUGUGGAGCAUGAGUUUGGGUCCGCUUCUGGAUCUCAAACAGUUCCAAGCUUUCAUGGAGCUCAUCAAGGCUCUGUCGAGCAGGGUAGAAGAAGAACAGGUUAAGAAAUUGCAAGAGCUGGCCGGUGGUAGUGCCAGCUCAUCCGCCAUCAAGGACGACUUCUUGUCGUUUGGUCCCGUUGCUGCUUCAUCCCUCGACGCUAACGGAACCGAAACGGACUUUGAGUCCCUGGUUAAGGGAGGGUCUAGCGCAGUCUCUGCCAACCCCUUGGAAUCUGGGUGGGACAGCAUGACUCUAGCCACAACCGUUACAUCUCCUACUGUGAGCAGCAGAAAGUCCACGCCGACAGCCACAUUCUCGUGGUCGAGUCCUCCGGCUGCCCCGGUUGCAGCUCCCACUAACAAGUUCGGCGUCGUCAAAACUCAGCAGCCGGGAUUCAGGACGGUGACCCCCGAUCUUGCAAGCUUUCAACCCAUGACCCCGUCGGCUACGCAAUAUUCACAACCUCUCCAGCCGACUUCGAACGCCAUUAGUAGCACAUCAGCAACGCCCCUGGCAGCCCAAGCAACGACAUCGAUCAACUGGGGCGCCACGACGGCGUCAACCAGUAACAGCAAUCCGUGGUCGUCCCCUCCCGCAUCACAUCAACCACCCAUAUCUAGCUUCGGCUCACUCUCCCUCAAUCCACAACAACAAACUCAAAACACCACACCAUCCUUUUCCCUACCGGCCCCGCCGGGCGUUAGCACUGGUCCCAGUUUGUCAAACUUCAGCCUCGCCCCUCCGCCAGGCACAUCACAAUCCGCGCAAAGGCCACGGAUGACGACAGCAACCUCGACACCCGCAUUCGGCGGGCUAGGUGGGAUGAACAGCAUGAACAGCCUGGCAUCAAAGAGCACAGCAGCAGCCAACAAGACUGGCGCGAGCCUCGGUACGGGCAUGGCUGCCACAAUGAGCCUGAACACGAAUAUAGGUAUGAGUAUGGGGAAUGGCACGAGUAUGAAUAGCAUGAUGGUUAUGGGAAUGGGCAUGGCUGGCAUGGCACACCAGCAGCAAAAUCAGGGUCAGGUACAGGGUCAGAAGACGGGGUUGGACAAGUACGAGAGUCUGUUAUAGAAUGUGGGGCAUGGAUGGUUGGGAUGGGUGGCCGUUUUAGUGAAGGCGGAUGGGAUUUCAAUGGUGCGUUUUCCCAUGGACAUGUGGGAGUGAUGACCGUGAGUUAGGUUCGAGUGAGGGGUGGCUCAGCAAGGUAACAACGAAACACCAGCACUGCCUGGGUCAAGGAUUACACCUCAUUUUCAGCGACCA